GAUUAUUUGCGGGUCAUGGACGGUUUUGUCUAGCGGAGGUUUUUCUUUUUUUUUUUCUCUUGCGGAUUCUCGGGUCGUGCGCCUGCAGCAGAGCGGACCGCGCAGUGCGACUCCAGGCGGCUCUGAAGGAAACCAUAUCUGGUCAAAGUAUUCGUUGCUGUCACCCAGCGGGACCGUCCGGCUAUAAAUAGCGCUGGAGGAGGUUUCUGUCUCUCUCAGGAGCCCCACAGCAGCUUGGCUGCCUUUGCUGUUGUUUUACCCCCGAGCUGAGGUUUUUUUUUCCCCACAGGCUCCUGAUCCCCUACAGUUUGUCUUUGUGUCUUGGAGGGGUUAUUGAGGCUCGCUGUCCAUCAUGUCGGUGUUAAGGAAGGAGAUGGAGAAGUACAGGGACAUAGACGAGGACGAGCUGCUGAAGAAACUGUCGGAGGAGGAGCUGCAGCGAUUAGAGGAUGAAUUAGAGGAGCUGGAUCCUGAUAACGCACUGCUGCCAGCUGGGAUGCGGCAGAAGGACCAGACAAAGAAAGCUCCGACGGGAACGUUUCAGAGGGACAACCUGCUGGCCCACCUGGAGAAACAGGCCAAAGAGCAUCCUGACAAAGAGGACCUGGUGCCCUUCACAGGGGAGAAGAGAGGGAAGGCCUGGGUGCCUAAAAAGAGGGUGGACCCCAUCAUAGAGAAUGUGACUCUGGAGCCGGAGCUGGAAGAAGCCCUGGCCAGUGCUUCCGAUGCUGAACUGUGUGAUAUCGCAGCCAUCCUGGGUAUGCACACCCUGAUGAGUAACCAGCAGUACUAUGAAGCCCUGGCCAGCAGCACCAUAGUCAACAAGCAAGGCCUCAACAGUGUGAUCCAGUGCACCCAGUAUAAACCAGUCCCCGAUGAAGAGCCCAACUCCACAGAUGUAGAAGAGACCCUGUCGAGAAUGAAGAGGAACGACCCUGACCUGGUUGAGGUCAACCUCAAUAACAUCAAGAAUAUCCCCAUCAAGACUCUGAAGGCGUACGCUGAGGCUCUGAUGAAGAACACUGUGGUGGAGAGGUUUAGUAUUGUAGGAACCAGAAGCAACGACCCUGUAGCAUUUGCCCUAGCGGAGAUGUUGAAGGUGAACACGACGCUGAAGAGCCUGAACGUUGAGUCCAACUUCAUCACAGGGACUGGAAUCCUGGCCCUCAUAGAGUCGCUGCAGAACAACUCCACACUACAGGAGCUCAAGAUAGACAAUCAGAGCCAGCCGUUAGGCAACAAGGUGGAGAUGGAGAUAGCCAGCAUGCUGGAGAAAAACACCACACUGUUGAAGUUUGGAUAUCAUUUCACCCAGCAGGGCCCUCGCCUCCGAGGCUCCAACGCCAUGAUGAACAACAACGACCUGGCCCGGGUCGUCAGGUCAGAGUCGGACGGCUCCUUCACCCUCACUCUGUCCGUCCCUGAGCUGGAGAGGGCCUUCGGGAAAAAGUUCAAGUCUAAGACUAAUAAGAAAGAGAAGGCUUGAGGGAGGACCCAUCUUCCCUAAGUGUCGGACGAAUGUGUAGAAACCAGGGCUGCUCUCAACCCUCUGUUCCCCCUUCUCGACCCAUCAUUUUUACAACACCCCGUCUUGUUGCCCUCUCCAGCCUCGCACCAUCGGUGGCCUACUCAGAAAACCACACCCGCCACGUCAGGUUCAGUUGUUUGGGAUUCGGGGGCAAUCUCUGAACUCUCUCUACUUCUAGACCCUUUUUUAAACUAGAUAUUGAAGGAUCCAAUGGGAUUCAUCAGCAGUGUCCUUCUGAGCUUUCAGUGCAUGCAAAAGGUGACACUGUGUGCUUAUUUUUAUGCUCAGAAUUUUUAACCUGGGUUCCAGGCUUGAACAUUUGCUCUUUGUACAAACAAACCCGGCAAGGCUUACCUUGUCAUUUUGAAUCCUUUAAUAUCACCUCAAGUGUCUAGAGUCCUUAAUAAAGGGGGCUUAGGUCUGUUUUUGAAUGAGGCCCUAAUGAGAGGUAAUGGGACACAUUUAUCAAUCUCUGUUUCUAUUGAUGAGUUGAAUUAAUUCUAAUUAUUAUUAUUAUUAAGCUGUAAAUGAGUUGUGCUGUCAUUACUGUUGUUUGGAGUUCAGAGUCUCUAAUGUUGCUCCAAGGUCAACAUACAAGGUAUUCUUUACCAGUUAUACAGAAAUAGCAAAGUCCCAUUUGAAUUUGAUAGAGCUAAAAAAAUUUAAAAAAUUAAAAAAAAAUGUGAAAAUCUGAUGUUAUGGACUUUUUCACAUUUAGUCUAAACAGUAUUUUAGUGACUCACUGUCCUCAGCUACUAAGCUAUACAGACUCUUCAGAAAUGGACAGAUAGAUUGAGAAACCUGGCUACUGUGAGACUCGUCGCUAUAUACAGAAUAUAUUUAUUUGUGGCAGACCUGGGAAAGAGUCAGAGGCCAUUCAAAUACUUGACAUAACUUGGAUUGAUGGAGCUGGGUGGUGUAACUUGUGUUUAAAUGUUUCUGUAAAUGAAAAUGUACACUGCUUACACUUUACAUUGUUACAUUAUCCAGCAGUUACAGCCCCUGCGGAGCAUUCCUGUUAGCUUGGAGUGGCUCCCGGUUCAAGUUGUAUUCACUGAAAUGUAAAAUAUCCUGUGGACACCGAUUGCUCUGUGCAAGUCAGACUACAAUAACCCGAAGAAACUGAGGGUAUUUGAAUGGACUGUUACACUCUGAACCAGGUCUGGUUUCUUGAUUGUUUGUGUUUGUUAAUUUUUAUUUACUGGAGCUAAAACGUGUGGUUAAAUGGGUGGUACUGUUGACUUACUGUGUGUUACAGGUUUCACGCUUCAGUCCAGGUCUGGAGUAUUUGAGUAACGCAUGGUGGACACGGUUUUAAAAACACAGGAAGCCUCUAUUGUCUUCCAGCUGUCAGAUCACACAGAUGCAUUUUAUUGAAAUAAAACAAAUGUCAGCAGACGAUUCACAGUUUCAAAAUGUCAGCUGGGACGGGUCUUAAAUCAGCCACUGAACAUCUGACACAUGGUAUCCAGCUGAUCCUGGAUUGAUCCUUUGAGUUUUUCUCAUGGAGGGCAAAACAUGUCCAUCAAUACCCGUUUAAUGCCCUUGUUACCAACUCCACCUACAUGCUGGUAAUGGGAAACACUGCUGCAUGUUAUGCAGCACUUAAUGGGAUUUUUAACAUCAACAGCACAGUGAGAAAAAGAGAGUUUAGCUGCUAUCUAAUGAGGAACUAGAGAUAAUGUGUUGCUGUCUGAAAAUAAAUCCGCUCCAGCAAACAUCACAGGAAAUGGUCUGGACUCUUUUUAAUGGUUCAUCAUGUCCAGCAUGGGCAGAGGGCAAAAUGUAACUGCUUUUUACUCUUAGAAAAUGGGUAAACUGCCAGUUGCAGACUUGAAGGAAAAACUUUAUUAUCCAUGUUUCCUUGACGUCAACGAUCGUACCUGAUUCUGACACUCAGAGAUACAAACGGCUGCAUGUUUAAGGGUGAGAUAACCCAUUUAAUGUUAGUUAAUAUCACUGUUACCUUCUCGUCAGUGCUGCGGGUGUUCAACCAAUGGCAAUCAUGGAUGUAAACAUUUGUAAAACAAGAGGCGGUCGAAUGAAAAGGUUAACAAGGACAAGGACUCCUGCCACUCACAGUCUGUGUGUCCUGUUCUUUCCCUCUGUCUCGUGUUUACUCAUCUUUUACAGCUUGACUGUGU